AAAAUGGGCCUAUUUAAUGCGCCCUAUUUCUCUCGGCUUCAGCCAAGAAAAAGCUUGACUGCAACUCCCUGCAUUCACUCGGUCAACUUUCACGAUGCGCUCUUCCACGCUGUUGGGAGCGCUGUUUCUCGUCGUGCCUUCGCUGGCUGUUGUCCAUGAACAUCUUGCUUCUGUUCCUUCGGGCUGGAAGCGUAUCUCCAAUGCUCCCAAAAGCGACAAAAUCGUCCUGUCGAUCGCUUUGGCUCGCCAGAAUCUCGACCAGCUCGAGUCGAAAUUGGCUGCUCUGUCGACCCCUGGUGAAGAGCAGUAUGGGCAGUGGAUGGACCAGAAGGAUGUCGAUGAGGCAUUCCCGACUUCCAACGAUGACGAUGUGAUGGAAUGGCUAAAGGCAGCUGGUAUCUCGCAUAUUCACCGUGAAGGCAGUCUGUUGAACUUUGCCUCGACGGUCGGCGAGGCCAACACGCUGCUCAACACCACCUUUGCAUACUACACGAACGGCAACGCGAAGAAGCUGCGCACGACGCAUUACUCGCUCCCAGACAACCUGGCACCUUCAAUUGAUCUCGUCUCGCCGACAGUCUUCUUUGGCAAAGACCAUGGCGCUGCUGCCCGGUCGCACAAAGCGCACAAGUCGUCCAAGGCCAUCAAAAGAGAAGACACUUCCAACUGUGCGGAUAUCAUCACCCCCGCGUGUCUUAAGGAAAUGUACAACUUCAAAGACUACACCCCCGACCCCUCGUCUGGUAGUCGCGUUGGUUUCUCGAGUUUCCUGAACCAGUCCGCUUUGUACUCUGAUCUGGCCACAUACGAGAAGCUCUUCCAGAUUCCCAGCCAGAACUUCUCCGUCGAGCUGAUCCACGGAGGGGUUAAUGACCAGAACCCCAACACGGCGCAGUCUGACGAGGCCAAUCUGGAUGCGCAGUUGCAGAUUGCCGUUGCUCAUCCUCUGCCAAUGACUGAGUUUAUCACUGGUGGAAGCCCACCGUUCAUCCCCAAUGCCGAUGAGCCCAGCGACAACCAGAAUGAGCCGUAUCUGCAGUACUACGAGUAUUUGUUGUCCAAGGAGAACGCUGCUUUGCCCCAGGUUAUCACCAACUCUUACGGUGAUGAUGAGCAGACUGUCCCUGAAUUCUACGCCAAGCGAGUCUGCAACCUGAUCGGAUUGAUGGGUUUGCGUGGUAUUUCCGUUCUUGAAUCUUCUGGCGACACUGGAAUUGGGUCUGCCUGCAUGACCAACGACGGUAGCAAGAAACCCGUCUUUACUCCCACCUUCCCUGGAACCUGCCCCUACCUCACCUCUGUCGGUGGUACUCAGUCCUACGCCCCUGAAAUCGCCUGGACCGGCAGCUCCGGUGGCUUCAGCAACUACUUCCCCAGAGCGUGGUACCAGAAGAAGGCUGUCGAAGGCUACCUCGCUCACCAGAUCACCCCUGACACCAAGAAAUACUACUCGCACUACGCCAACUUCAGCGGCCGUGGAUUCCCGGAUGUCGCAGCGCACAGUGACUCUCCUUCUUACGCAAUCACCGUCUAUGGUCAAAUCGGCGGAAUCGGAGGCACAUCAGCCGCCAACCCCGUCUUCGGUGCGAUCAUUGGUUUGCUCAACGAUGCCCGCCUCCGCGCUGGCAAGCCCACGCUUGGUUUCCUGAACCCUCUCAUCUACAGCGAGGCGUGGAAGACCUUCACCGACAUUACUGCUGGCAAGUCGGUUGGGUGCGAUGGAAUCGACCCGCAGUCUGGAUCGCACGUUAAUGGAUCGGGCAUCAUCCCCUUCGCCCACUGGAACGCAACCACCGGAUGGGACCCGGUGACUGGAUUUGGUGUUCCUAACUUUGAGAAGUUGAAGGAGCUGGUUUUGUCGUUGUAAAUAUAGAUAUUUGUGUGAGUGAGGUUUGGUGUUUUCUAUCUUGUCAUUAUAUAUUCUGCAUAAUUAAAUAUUAAAUUGCAUUGUCUUUCAUCCAUCC